GCGCACAGUGACAACUAAGCUCUAUUAACCGUCGCUCCUCCCAACUACCUUUCCUGCGUAGAAGACGACGACCGACUGGUGAAAUCUACAGCUUUCUUUCUUUCCCGCUAUGUGUCUCUCUUGUUCCAUGGAUCUUGCUCUUCCGCGACGCCAAGAAUGGCAGAACCAGAUCAGGGGACAAGUACAGCUUCCUCUUCUUCUUCGGCGAUUCGUAGGGAGUCUUCGAGCAAUGCGGCGUCGUCCUCGAGCUCGUCGCAAGUUCGCGUAGCGGAAGAUUACCGCGACCAGCAUCAACUUCAAUUUCGACACCCGGAGCUAGAGCCUCCACAAAUUGGCAUGUCUUACCGAGGGAACACUAACCCAUUGGCUUUUGAUGACGCAUCUACGGUGAUUGGGGACGACGCGUGGUCUUGCAUCAUCGUCCUCCUUACCUUCUGGUUCUUCGUGUCAAUGACUCUGACUGGGGUUUAUGGGCCUGCCAAUUUAAGCCUCGGGCCUAAUUCUUCCUUGCUUCUGCAACCUAACCUUUUUGUGCAAUCUAUAAAGGUGGAAGAAUUAAAUGAGUCAGCCGUUGGGCCAAUGUUAUAUGGUUUUUAUAAAACUCCACCGCUUGAUUCUGUUACCACUUGGUCUGAAACUCGUAAUGUCUCAAUUCAAGUUGAUUCUUACCAGGAGUGGGUAUAUUUCCUAAAUGAGGGCUCUCAAAUAAAUAUUUCUUAUAGCGUGAACUCCCCGAGCUCCUCUGUUUUUCUCAUUAUUGCCGAAGGGAAUGAAGGCCUUGCUCAAUGGCUUGAGGACCCUACAUAUCCUAAUACCACCUUAUCAUGGAACCUCAUACAUGGAAAUGGUAUGAUUACACAGGAAAUAUUCAAGCCUUCUAGUUAUUAUGUUGCACUGGGCAACUUAAACACAGAGAAAGUGGAGGUGCUGUUAAACCUCAGAGUAGAGGCUUAUUUGUACAACACUACAGAGUCUUAUUACAAGUGUUCUUUCACUGGUGGUUUGUGUGAUUUGGGCAUUUUAUUUCCCAAUGGAAAUGCCGCUGUCUUAACCUCUCCUAGUACAGAACAGGGAAAAACCAGUGAUGAGUGGCAAGUCAAAUUGUCAUAUGGACCAAGAUGGGCCACGUAUAUUGUUGGCAUAGGUGUAAUGUCCAUGCUCAUGUUCUUGGCCUUCAACUUCUUGAACAAGUUCCAAUUUACCCAUGAACGUAGAAGAGAUGUUCAAUAUGGGGAAGUGGGAUCUGAAAGAGCCCCUCUGCUUUCAUACAAAGAUGAUGAUCUCUCAAGUUGGGGUUCUUCGUAUGAUUCUCUGUCACAUGAUGAGGAUGAUAUCGAGGACUUUCUUGCAUUGGGUGCCCCUGGGAAGUCACUAGGAGAUGGUGAAAACCGUAACAAUACCCGACGUCUUUGUGCAAUCUGCUUUGAUGCUCCUAGGGACUGUUUUUUCCUUCCAUGCGGGCAUUGCGUGGCUUGUUUUGCAUGUGGAACUAGGAUAGCAGAGGCAGCUGGCACUUGCCCAGUCUGCCAUAGGAACAUGAAGAAAGUGAGAAUGAUUUUUACAGUUUAAGCGACCUAGCUUCUUGUCAGACAGGCAAAGCCUAGGGGAAUAAUCUGCAACAUGGAUUCAUUUUCUACGCCAUUGUUUUUGUGCUGAUCAAUGGCAUUUAGUAAGUAUAUUGUAGCUGUCGGCAUCAGGUAGUUUUCGAAGGUGGAUUGACCAUGUUCUGCGUUUUUUUAUUAGUGGACCUUCCACAAUGCAAAACGAAAUCUUGGUAUAGGAAAUGCCAUAAUGCACAUUGCACAUGGAAAUGUUUUUAUUUUCCCUGUAGAGAUUUAUUUAUUUAUUUUUUGUUUGUGGCAUACUGGAACUUUGUAACUGCCAUAAUGAAUGGACCGAAAAUUGAAAUCACAGCAACAAAACCAAUGAAAAAUUCUCUAUUGGCCUGCUGAA